GAUUUGAUCAAAAAAAAAGGCCCCGAAAACAAAACAAAAAACAUUUUCAGUGCAAACUUGCUUGGGAGGACUACUAAGCACCACUCUGUUUGCUGCCCAAAACGCUUGUCCCCACAUAAGUUCUUAUGGAGAACAUGAAGGCAUGCCAUCCAUCUGUAGAAAAUUGGUUCGCUAUGGAAUAGCUCCUAAAACAGCAGAAAAAUUUGUGAUUUCUUUGAUUCAGCAUGGGAUGAAUGGAUAUGCAAUAGUUCUUGGAGAAAAAUAAUGGCUAGGUCCAAUAUAGAAUACCGUUUCGAAUCAUUAGUCUGCACUGUAGCGAGAAUCUGUACCAGAAUCAAUUCUAGAUGCUAGAUACUAGAACGAGGGUCAAACUAGUUCAACCGCAAAGGGGCGAUGGGCGAUGGGCGAUAGACCUGUGGCGAUGAAGACGCUGGUGGUGUCACCGAAAUUUAUGCAAAAACUUUUUUAAAUUUGCAAAUUUGCGAAAAGAAAUGAUAAUGAGACAUUUUCGGCAAAUUUUUGUUGCUUCUGUAGAGUCAACAGUAACUGAAGCGUUGAGCCCGGGUUGGGUAUAUAAUCCAGAGUGGCCGCUGGCAAUGGCACAGUCAAACAGCGACCUUCCCUAAGGCAGAGCAACAGCCCCGAUCCAGAGCUAUAGACAGAGACUGAGAUUCAAACAGUACCAGCGGAGAAGGAUAAGCCCCAAGUCGAGCCAUGAAGUUCUUAUGUUGCGCUUUGCUAUUGGUAGCCGCAACAGCCGUGGCCCAGGCUGCCGCGGAACGCAGCGAUGAGGAGAGCGUCGCCCGGCUGAGAUACCGCCUCUUAAAGCAACCAAACCAGUUGGAGGCCCGGAGUCUUAGCCAGCUGCUGGCCUUGAAGAACGGCACUCCCCCAUGUCCCCCCACAGCAACCACUGGCACUACUUCCCCUACCGUCACCCCAACCACAACUGCUACUACUACGGGACCAACUACUUCAACAUCCACCAGCUCCCCAACAACACCAACAGCGACAGCAUCACCAACAGGAACAUCAACAGCAGCACCGUCCAGACGUGCCCUUACCGACUACAGCCAAGAAGAUAACGAUGACGACGACGGCGAGGAUGACGACAACAGCGAGGACGAGAAGUAUGUGGGCGCCUACAGGGCCAGUGCCAAAAACGACGAGGACAAUCUGGACAGCGAGGAGGACAGCUUCGACCUGGUCGGUUACCAGCACAAUCGCGCCGAAUCUGGCCUCCGUCGAGGCGGCAGCCGCCCCGGCUCCGGAUCCGGCUCCCAGGCUUCUAGCAGCGCCAUCUUGAAGGAGUUCGAGUUCCGCCGCCAGCAGGAUCAGAACAAAGCCCUUCGUAGGCGCCUUCAGGCCAUGCGCCGGCGCAACGCCCAGAACCGACGCCGCGCCCAGGCCAAGCGACGCCGCGUUCGCCGCCGCCUCAACAAGAAGCGCCGUAGUCAGGGUCGCCGCAGCCGUCGCAACCGCAGCCGUGCCAACCGUCGCCACCGUGCGGCCCGCCGCCGCCAGCGCCAGAACGCCAAACGUCGUAUCCGUCGCAACCGCAGACGCAACCGCCGCAACUAGAUCCACAUCGGAUAUUUGGCCUUGUAGACCCCAAAUGAAUCAGUGAUGAAUAAACCGAAUAUACAGAAA